GGGGAGGAGGGUGAGGAGGAGGGUGAUGAGGAGGUCAUGGGUGAGGAGGACGGGGAGGAGGAGGAGCUGGGUGAGGAGGGGGUGCAGGCGGAAGAGUUGCAAGAGGAGGAGCAAGCGUUGGUGGUGGAGGUUGAGCUGGGUGAGGAGGGGGUCCAGGAGGGGGAGGAGGAGGAGGAGGGGGUCCAGGAGGAGGAGGAGGGGGUCCAGGGGGAGCAGGGGGAUGACGGGGUGCCGGCAGAAGAGUUUCAGAAAGAGGAGAAGGCGACGGAGGAGGUGGAGCAAGGUGAUGAUGAGGAGGAGGAGGAGCAGGGUGAUGAGGGGGUGCAGGCGGAAGAGUGGCAGGAGGAGGAGGAGGAGGUGCUGGAGGAGGAGGAGGUGGAGGAGGAGGAGGAGGAGGAGGAGGAGGAGGAGGAGGGAGAGCAAAGUGAAGAACUGUCUAUGAAGACUCCCGCCUUCGUCCGAAUGAAGAAGGUAUUUGAUCCUCCUCUGGGGGAAAGCAGUACGGCUCCUCAACAAGGUCCUCCAGACACGCGGAAGGCUCCGGCCAAGCCCAGAAAGGUGAGGGCUAAGCAGGAGCGAGCCAGCCACCUCCCAAAGAGCUACCUGAUGAGCACCUUCAAGCACUUUGCCAAGACCAGGGUCGCGGCUGAUGUGUUUCCCGCCCUGGACAACAUAGUGGAUGCCUACUUUCAGCGAAUGGCGUUGGACUUGGAGACGUACGCGAAUCACGCCAAGAGGAAGACCAUCGAGGUCGCCGACGUGGAACUACUGCUGAGGAGGCAGGGCUAUGUUACAGACAAGGUUCCUGUGGAAGUGCUCAUUGAGAAAUAUCUUCCCAUGGAAUACAGAAGGAUGCUCAUCCCCAUAGCAACCAGCGGAAAUAUCGUCAUCCCUAAACAAAAAUAACUAUUAUUUCUGAGUACCGGAUGACUUUAAAGAAAAUGACGAUUACAUAAGGAGAAAGAAUAUUUGCUUGGUGUUUCUAUUAUUGUUGUUCCUUCUCUUUGUAGCAUCGUUUUAUAUGUGCAAUAUUUCUCCUUUUUUUUUUUAUAAUAAAUUUAAAUAAAGAUUUGUUUGUAAAUUA